AUGAGCCGCGAUCAGAUUCUGUCCGCGGAGGCGGUCGAUUCAAUGAUUGCGAACGGAGAUACCAUUGUCAUUUUCGAAGAAUAUGUUCUCCGUCUCAAUUCCUGGUUAGAUCGCCAUCCAGGUGGUCGCCUUGCCAUCUUGCACAUGGUCGGAAGAGAUGCCACUGAUGAAAUUACAGCGUACCACACUGAACGCACUUUAAGAACCAUGAAGGCAUACCGGAUCGGCCGGAAGCCAAUGGGUCCCUGGACCAACCGCACACCACCAAUCAGAGGUGGUGUGUUCCAGACAGGAACCCAAUCAGAUAUUGUGCCUGACAAAUCGGAGGCUCAGUUAUUAGCAUUAGAUCAGGAGAAGGACUUUGUUGAUGAGGGUUACGGCAGUGGUAUUAGUAGAGUUGCCUCCCGCGACAUGUCCCACAGAUCAAGUCCCGAUCCCGAACUAGAAUAUGCAACUGGCAGCCAACUCAACUUGGAACAGCCCGUACCACGUGGCAAAGCUCCUCAUUUGGGGGACGACACCAUCAAAAGCAAGAAACCUAUUCGCCGGCACAAGGCUACCGAACCUCAACUUGCUUUGAACCCCGAAGAAUGGACCGAGUGGGCCAUUCAACAGGGCAAGGUGACUGACGGCCGAGACUUUCCUGCGCUGGAGUCUGAUAUCCAAGGAGAUAUUGCUCUCAAGUACAGACUCUUGCAUCGUCGUAUCCAAGAUGAGGGUCUUUACAACUGCCCGUACAUCGAGUAUGGCAAGGAGAUGGCUCGCUACACGACCCUGUUCGGCUUAUUUCUCUUCACACUCUACCAUGGCUGGUUCAUGACUUCUGCUGUCUUCCUUGGCCUCUUCUGGCACCAAAUCAUGUUUACGGCCCAUGAUGCUGGACAUCGGGCGAUUACGACGAUCUUUGCUGUUGACACUCUCAUUGGUUUAUUUAUUGCCGACUUCUGCUGCGGGCUGUCCAUGGGCUGGUGGAAGAGCAGCCAUAAUGAACACGAUCCUGAUAUUCAAAACCUCCCUCUCUUCGCGACAUGCCCUUCAUUCUUCAAGUCCCUUCGCUCGAGCUACUAUGACUUUACAUUCGUUUGGGACGCCGCGGCUGAAUUCCUCGUCCCCUUCCAGAAGUAUACCUACUACCCUGUUAUGGGUAUUGCCCGCUUCAACCUUUAUCUUCUCUCGUGGCACCACGUUCUUUCUGCCAAAUCAUCCUCCCUAGGAAGCAGCAAGGCAUGGUGGAUUCGUCCCACCGAGAUUGCCUUCAUGUCCUGCUACUGGUUCAUAUUCGGCUACCUCCUGCUCUGGCGCACUCUACCAACAUGGACCAUCCGCGUGGCAUUUGUCCUAGUUUCGCACAUUGUUACUAUGCCUCUGCACGUCCAGAUUACCCUUUCGCACUGGGGCAUGUCUACAUCCGACCUUGGCGAGGACGAAUCUUUCCCCCAACGACAGUUGCGAACGACCCUUGAUGUUGAUUGCCCUGCUUGGCUAGACUUUAUUCAUGGCGGUUUACAAUUCCAGGCCAUUCACCACCUGUUUCCCCGAGUACCGCGCCACAACCUGCGUAAGGUUCAGGUCAUGGUUAGAGAAUUCUGCGCAGACACUGGUAUCCCCUAUUCGAUCCUGGGAUUCAUGGACGGAAACCGCAAAGUCAUUGGUCGAUUGGAGCAAGUCAGUGAGCAGGUCAAAAUACUGGUCAACUGCCAAAAGUACAUGGCCGAGACUGGGGAGAGCGGGUUGCAUUGA